AUGGAGGAACACCUGUUGAAGAUCCCCAUGAUGCCGUCCUCUUCCCCCAGUGAGUCUUCUGGGAGCGGCGGGACGGACGACUGCAGAGGAGCCAAGAGUCCAUCCCCGGGCAAAGCUCUGAGUCCGGCUCUGGUCUGCAAAGUGUGCGGAGACACCAGCAGCGGGAAACACUACGGCAUCUACGCCUGCAACGGCUGCAGCGGCUUCUUCAAACGCAGCGUGAGGAGGAGGCUCAUUUACAGGUGCCAGGCCGGUACAGGCAUGUGUCCAGUGGACAAAGCUCAUCGCAACCAGUGCCAGGCGUGUCGGCUGAAGAAGUGCCUGCAGGCGGGCAUGAAUAAGGAUGCAGUACAGAACGAGCGGCAGCCCCGCAGCACAGCUCAGGUCCGCCUGGACUCCAUCGACGUGGACCCUGAGAAGGAGCACCUGGCCACCACGCGGGAGCCCACCUCCUCUUCUUCAUCCUCUUCUUCCUCCUCGUCUUCCUCGUCUGUCAUCACGUGGCCCCACAUCACCUCCUCCAUGUCCAUCACCUCCUCUGUGGCCCCCCAGCGCUGCAUCAGUCCCCAGAACAACCACCGCUUCAUGGCCAGCCUCAUGACGGCUGAGACCUGCGCAAAGCUGGAGCCCGAGGACGUUGACGAGAACAUCGACGUGACGAGCAACGAGCCGGAGCGAGCGUCCUCUGAGUACCACAUGGCUCUGUACCCUUCCAGCUCAGAAAACGUGUACGAGACCUCGGCGAGGCUGCUCUUCAUGUCGGUGAAGUGGGCCAAGAACCUGCCGGUGUUUUCUAACCUGCCAUUCAGAGACCAGGUGAUCCUGCUGGAGGAGGCGUGGAGCGAGCUCUUCCUGCUCUGUGCCAUCCAGUGGUCUCUGCCUUUGGACAGCUGCCCGCUGCUCUCUCUGCCAGACCUCUGCCCCGGCAUGCAGGGAAAGACCAGCUACACCAGCCUGGACCUGCGCCUGCUGCAGGAGGUCUUCAGCCGCUUCAAGGCCCUCGCUGUCGAUCCCACUGAGUUUGCCUGCCUCAAAGCCAUCGUGCUCUUUAAACCAGAGACUCGUGGUUUGAAAGAUCCAGAACAAGUGGAGAACCUGCAGGAUCAGUCUCAAGUUAUGCUGGGACAACACAUCCGCUCACACUACCCCAGUCAACCAGCCAGGUUUGGAAAGCUGCUUCUUCUUCUUCCCUCUCUGCGUUUUGUGAACUCGGAGCGGAUAGAGCUGCUGUUCUUUCACAGGACCAUCGGAAACACUCCCAUGGAGAAACUGUUGUGUGACAUGUUCAAAAACUAAGACCACCACCCAGAAACCCGUGCAGUCAUCAAUGAUGUCCAUGUGUGGAGGGAGGAUGUUUGACAGAUAUUUGCGUUGUAUUCCUGUAUACAUAUCAGAGAUUCUGCAUGCUGUUAUUUUUUUAAAGGCCACUUUAUUAUUUGUUUGUUGUUUCCACAUCAGGUCAUUCUAAAAAUCAAAAUGCAAUUCAGUUCUUAUCAUCAUGCUUGCUGUCUAUUUGUAUCAUAUUUAGACUUUGUGUCAGAUCUUUAUUUGUUUGGUGAUAGAUGGACUGUAUAUCCCUGCUGUCAUUAAUGUGACUGUUAUAUUCAUGUUUUCAUGCCUUGAUGAAGUAAAAUGCUUAAAAAUG